AUGACCUCUUCCCCCUCGGCAUCGCUCUUCUCCCUGCCCCUCGCGCCAUGGCAGCAGCCGCAGAGCAUUCGGACGAACAAGUACGAGCCGAGGAAACGACGGAGGGGAGAGGAUGAGUGGGGUGAUGAGGACGAGAGCGAAGACGAAGUCCAAGAUGUGGUGUCUGGCCCUGAAAUAACGACGGGUGGAAGUUCAACCCUCGUGCUGUCCCCGGAAGAAGCUCAUCAGUAUCGCAUUGCGGGCCAGCCGUUUGAUCAAGAGCUUCCUGGCGGACACUUCCCUCAUGCAGCAGCAGACGGAUCUGGGAAGAAACUGAGGAAGAACUACACCAAGAAAUUAUCCACCCUUUCCCCUCCUCUAUAUGUCCCGCAAUCUGCCGCGCAGCAAGGUAACCUACGGCUUCGACAUCUUGCUGUCCUCACAGCCAUCCUGCAUCGUUGCCUCCUUGAAGGCGAUUACGUUCGAGCUGGACGCGCAUGGGGUUUGAUCCUGCGGGAGGAAAUUGCUGGCCAUCCUAUUGACGUACGAAACGAGGGCAGAUGGGGUCUAGGCGCUGAGAUCCUCCUUCGUCGGGAUUCUCGAAUUAACCCGCACGCUUCUAGCCAGCGAGAUAACCAGGGGGACGCCCAAAGGACAAUCAGUGCCGCUAGGCCCUUUUUCACCAGGAAAGGAUUCGAAGAAGCCAAAGCAUACUACGAGAGGCUCAUCCUUCAGUAUCCAUAUCGCAAAGCAUCCCCAGAAUCCGUGAGUUCCUUGGAUUUCUAUCCCGCCAUGUUCGGUCUUUGGAUCUACGUCGUCCAGGAAGAGAGUAAUAUCGCGAGGGAGCGACUACUGCAAGACCGCAACGACAAAGCUUCGGAAAGCCCAUCUGAAGAAGAUGAUGCGAUGUCAGAGUCUGAUCUUGCUGAGGAGCAAGGCAAGAGAAAAUCCGAUCUCAUUGCUGGUAUCAGAUCCAAGGAGUUGGAAGAAGCGCAGCAGAUUGCAGCGCGAAUGGAUGAAUUGCUCGUGUCCCCUCCGUAUUCCGACAGCCCAGAGUUGCUAAGACUCCGUGGCAUGGUGGCACUUUGGGUUGGAGAUCUUUUUGUAUCCUCAGUGCCGCAGGGCGAGGAUGACACGAGUGAACUGAGCGACCAGGAUUCCAUGGGCAUGGAGGAAUCACCAGAAGCAAUGAUAGCGAGACGGGAGAAGAGACUUGCAACGGAGAAAAGGGACGCAGAACGGGAAAGGUCAAGGGAAUUUCUCGAGAAAGCUGAGAUGCGCAGUAAGGGCGUAUCACACUCUUUUGAGGAUCUUCACAUCAACGAUACUUCUCUUAGCUGA